UAAUCCGUAAAUAGUAAUUAUCGAACUGAGACUCGGUGUUCACUCACGGUCACAGUUGCACGCGUAACAGACAUCCUUUUAGUUUUUGCUUAGUUUUUUUCUCAUGCUUUUUCGUCGAAACUGAAAAAACCCCCCUCUAAGCUUCCUUGUCCAAAAUCUUUCAAACCCAACGUAAUUUUACCUCGAACAAUCCAAACCCAUCUCUCAGUUUUAUCCCAAAAGCCGCCACUUCGAUCACACUCUCAGAUCCACUCCUUCUCUCCACGACCACGUCAAGUAAAAGCCAAACAAAAUCCUUUGGUUUCUAUUUGUGUUUUUUCCAUGUAUCCAUGCUGUUUUGCUUCGUGAUUCUCUGUUGGGUUUGUAAUUGAAUGCCGUUUGGAGAGAGAAAUUUAUAUAGAGAGAGAUUGAAUAGGAGAGAGAUGACGGGUCAGGUGGUGAAAGUGAAGAGGGAGACGCUCGAAGCAUGCAUGACGUGCCCCCUUUGUCAUAAGCUCUUGAAGGAAGCUACGACCAUUUCUCUAUGCCUCCACACGUUCUGCAGGAAGUGCAUAUAUAAGAAGCUCUCAGAUGAGGAGGUUGAUUUCUGCCCUGUAUGCAAGAUCGAUCUUGGCUGUCUUCCAGUGGAGAAACUCAGACCAGACCACAAUUUGCAAGAUAUUCGGGCCAAGAUCUUUCCUCUUAGGAGGAGAAAAAUCAAUGCACCUGAAGUUACCACCCCAAUAUCAUUGCCAGUGAAAAGGAAGGAGCGAUCACUUUCUUCAUUGGUGGUCAGCACUCCCAAAGUGCCGAUACAAACUGGCUUGACUGGAAGGAGAACAAAAGCUGUUGCAAGAAAGGCUGCUGCUUUACGUGGAUGCAGUUUUGCUGUUGAAGGAUCUAUCAAGAGAGAAGAUUCUGUAGAAGAUCAUCCAGCAAGCUCGAGCUCACCUGAAUCUCAAGUCAAAUUCACUAGAAAUAAAAUGCAGGAUUCUUCCCUGGCUGAGCCUUCCAAUGAUCAAAAGCGUAACAAAGAGAAAGAGAAUGAUGGUGAAGCAACAGAAGGAAAAGCUGAUUUGUGGACACCCUUAAAUUGUCUUGUAGAAGCUGCAAACAGGACCAAGUCAUCUAAGUCUAAUACGCAGGGGUUGACUCUUCCCAAAUCAGAGCCACAGAAUGCCCAUGAUAGUGAAUUAUCUAUCCGUGGAAAUAAAACUGAAGCAGAAUCGCUAAAUGCUGACAGUGAAAUUUAUAUGCCUAAAACAAAAAUGAAGGAGCCUGAUCAUACGAAAGUAAAGAAUAACAGUAAUGGGACAACCUUGCUUCCUGGACCAGUCAAACGUAGAAGGCUACGUGCAUCAAAUCGUAACAGGGCAGCACCAUCUGGAGAGCUGUGUGCCUCGGCUCAAGUCAUGCUGGAUGCAUCUGGGGCCAUUAGGUGCAGAAGAAAUAGUCCAAUUUGGUUCUCAUUGGUUGCUUCUGAAGAUAGGAAAGGAGAUGUUUCAUUGCCACAGAUAGAUGCUUGUUACUUGAGAAUAAAGGAUGGUAAAAUGCCAGUCUCGUUUAUCCAAAAGUACCUCGUAAAGAAACUUCAUCUUACCAGUGAAGCUGAGGUGGAGAUAAUGUGCCGGGGUCAGCCAGUGCUUCCUUCAUUGCAAUUACAGCACCUGGUAGAUCUGUGGUUUCGGACAGGAUCAACGGCCAAAAAAGUACCGGCAUCUGUUGGCUCCUCAGCCAAAGACUUUGUGAUGGUUCUCUCAUAUUGUCGAAAGGUUUAAAAGCUCUUAAAAAGAGCUUAUUUGAAGUGUUUUUUCUUUUUAGUCAGUCUCGUAGUUUACAUCAAUUUUCCAAUACGUACUGUCAGAUCUAUGUGGUUUUAUAAAAAUUAAGUCUGAUCGACCAUGUGUGUUAAUUUUGCACCAUGCACGUCAUUUACAUGCGUGAAUUCUUUGAUUGUUUUAUUUCAUUUAUUUAACAAUAUUAUCAUGUACAGUAUAUAUAAUGCUCUCACGGUCUGCUUCUGUCAGCUUUGGAUA